GGCCCCGCCCCUGCAUUGUGACAUAAGGGGUGAACCAUUUCCAUACAAAGCUGUUUCUUACCUCCUAAUUAGUGACUUGGGUCAAAAAGUACCUUGUCAGUUGACAUGGAUGACCAGAAGGAAAUGAAGCAAUCAAUACCACCUCCUGCUGAACAUGUUGAAUCUCAGGAGACUCUCACAGAGUUAGUCCACAGACUGAGGACAGAUGUUGAAAAACAAGCCGAGACAAUUGGUACUCUUGUUCAAACUCUGGCCUUAAACGCAGAGGAAAGGACCCAAAAUGUCAACACCAUCGCCGUCCUUCAAGACAACGUGCGUCACCUGGCCCGUCACCUGGCUGCCCAGCACAUGGAGGAGCGUUUCCAGGCCCUGCGUUGUGAGAUGUCCACAGAGCUCCAGUACCUGCGCAGCCUGCUGACCUCCUUCCCGGCCCACUGCUCCAUCACACCCGAACCCCAGAGACAGGCCGCCAUCGAAAACCUCACUCACGAGCUUCACCACAGCCGCAAACUGUUGUGGGAACAGAUAUCUGUGCUUAGGGAGGAAGUCUUCAACAUGUAUGGCCUGCUCAAAUGCCACAGAGAUGAAACCCAACGUAGACUGUUGCAGAGUCACUGCAAGGAUAUGUGCUUGGAGAGGUUGAUUGACAGCUUACAGAAACAAGAAGCGGCACUGAGACCAGCACAGUGGCCCACAGACACGACCAAGCACAGGAUGGAUGUCUCUGAGUUACAGAGCAAGCUGCAGGUUGUUGCCAUAUCUAAGGGCAAAGCUCCCAAGAAAAAAGGCCUGUUGGCUGCCAAGGCUAAGCCAAUCCCCUCAGACUCUGAAGAACUACUCAGCCGACAACAGACCAAGGGAACAUCAACACAGAAGGUCAAAGAAAAUGUCAAUAUAUUUGCCAGAAGGAAGUAGAUGGGGUUCAACACAGAAAUGGUCUGCAAAUAAGUGUCAUUUCAUCAUUCUCUCCGAAGUGAAAUAAAAGUGGUAAUGCAUCAUCAGUGUGUGCUUUUCAACAUACAUUAAACUUACAUUCCUGUAAAUGUAUUAUAAUAAACUAUAAAUGUGUAAUAGCGUCAUCUGACACUAAAAUUGGACCAAUGGUGAUCCUAGAAAGUCACACACACCCAAUAAGGUUAAAGAGUACAGAACAUUUGCCGGAGCGACAUCCAAAUUGCAAGAUAACUGUUGUCUGAUUGGAAAUGGGACGCCGCAAGUCAAAGAGAAAGCCUCCUCCCAAAAAGAAGCUGACGGGGAACUUGGACACCCAGUUCACCUGCCCCUUCUGUAAUCACGAGAAAUCCUGUGAUGUCAAAAUGGAGCGAACUCGAAACACAGGGAUCAUAUCCUGCACCGUGUGCUUGGAAGAAUUUCAAACUCCCAUAACUUACUUAUCAGAACCAGUGGAUGUCUACAGUGAUUGGAUUGAUGCUUGUGAAGCAGCCAAUCAGUAACAGUGCUACUCCUCCUAACUCACCUUCUGUCGGACCUCCCUCCAUCCCCAACCCCUGUGAUUGGUUGCCCGGAUCUUUCUGUCCAGUUGACACAUCAGAACAUUUAGCAGUGAAGUAAACAGGGAUAUAUUUUGUGAAAUGAGACAUUCAUCUUUGUUUUUAAAUUUGGCACUGGUGCUUUUGGAGUCUCAUCUCUGGCUGGGCCAGGAUUUGAACUUGAAGUUUAUGUGAUGAUGUUUGGAAUGCAGACUAUACCCCGGGUUCAUUAUUUGUGAUAGUCUGUGUUUAGGAAGGUUUCUCUAGACACAAGCGAAGCUGCCCUGUACAAGAUUAUAAAACCUGCCAAAUUAAUGGGUUAUUGACCAGGCUUGAAAUGGGCCCUCAAUGUACACAUUUACUAGUAACUGUGUGAAUUAUUAAGCAUGUUUACACUUGCAAUCUCCCCUAUUACACGGGUGAGGAAGGCAUCACACACCACAUUCCAAUCCCUAAAUGUUUUCUACCUAUUUUAUUCUGUUUUGUAGAAAAACAACCAUGUGUUUGGUAGUUUAUUGUUUGUUUUGUCUCAAGCUGCUGUGAUGUCCUGUAAUAGAUUUUUAAUGAUUUAGCCUGUCUUGUCUAUACUUUUCAUGUUGAAAGUUUUAUCACAAUCAAGGUUUUUUUUAUAAAAGAAAUUAAAACCAG